GUGGCUAACCGAAUGACCCAGGAAAAAUAACACUCUUAACCCGGUUACCGAGUUCAACCAUUUCUGGGUUUGCCCUCUUCACUGAAAUUGCCAAAUGGAUGGGAUACACAUUAAUCUCCCCUUCCCAACCCUAACCAAGGUGAACAUUCACAAAACUUUGGCUGAUGUGUGAAUAACAACCACGAGGUCGUUGAAGGACUUGGUUACGUGCCUCGCAAACUCAGCCAGCUAAUUUCUAACCUGUUACAUUUGGAAAAUUGGGGUACAAGGGAGUGUACAGCCUAGCCAAGAGGAAAGUAUUAUAUUUCGGAUGAAGUAAAAGCAACUUUCUUUCUUGAGCUGGGGAGAAGGCCACGCUCAGUAGAUAAGCAGAGAAAAGCAUCUCUCUUGAGCUGGGGAGAAGACCACCCUCAGCGGAUAAGCUGAUGGCCAUAUCUUCCCACCCUUGGGACUAACAGACUGGAUCACGGCUUCUCUGGAGGCCAACCCAACACCUUGCAUUUUCCUUUUAGCUGACACCAGGUAUGCCUGGCCCAUGCGGCUGUUCCACCCCACGGGCAGGCCAUGCAGGAAUCACCGCGGGAGCCCGAGUGAGCUGCAAACCUUCCACCAGAUCCAGCGACGGACUCGGCGGCAUCGUACCAUCUUCACGGAGGACCAGCUCCAGGCCCUGGAGGCCCUUUUCCAUAAGAAUCAAUAUCCGGAUGUCAUCACCAGGGAGCACUUAGCCAGCCGGAUCCACCUGAAAGAAGAGAGAGUCGAGGUUUGGUUUAAAAACCGCAGAGCCAAGUGGAGGCAUCAGAAAAGGACUUCGGCUUCAUCGCUCAUCCUUCCAGGCGCCAAGAUUUCUUCCGAGGAGAAUUGCUAAUGGACAGGUCAAGAGCUGGUUGAGUUGAACGUGGCCAGCACUGGAGCUU